AUCCUAUAUAAGAGGAUGCGACCGAGAGAGCUUACACUCUCACAUCCGUUACCCGACUCUCACCGGGAUUAUCCUAGACGAGCGAAAAAAAAAGUCGCGAUCGAGGGAGCGGAUCCACCACCACCACCACCAGUUACGAUCGAUCGACGGUUCAUCAACGGUCUGAUUCACCCGAGGAUGAUCAUGAUAAUCGCGAUUUUGUGCAGUCUCGUCGUCGGACGAGCCAUCGCUUCGCCAAUUGCCAACGUCUGGCUGAGUCCGAUAUCGGCUCUUUCGCCACUGAGACAGUUCCACAUACAAGACGGAUCGGGGUCUUAUCAGUAUUCCUUCACAGGUCCCCAUCAUGCCAAAGCGGAAUCUACUUUGAAUGGUAUAACAAAGGGUGGAUAUUCCUACAUCGAUGCAAAUGGUAUUUUGCAAACGGUCUCGUACACGGCAGAUGAUCAGAACGGAUUCAGGGUCAGCGCGAGCAAUUUGCCGCAACCUCCAAAAGAUGAAAUGCAAACGAUACAAGACACGCCAGAAGUGGCCGCGGCGAAAAGAGAUCAUCUCGAGGAAUUGCAGAAGUCGCAACAGGCCAAUUGGCAGGAUCAGAAUCUCUUGUCGUAUAAAAUCCUGCCGUCGUACUUCAGCUUUGCUCAAAUCCAGCAAGAUAGAAAUAGCAAAACCGAAUUGAAUACGCGAGAAACACAAAGUACCAAGAAUCCGUUCUUGCUGACAAGAUCGGAGGCGGAAAGAAUCGACGUCCCCAAGCCGGAUCCAAGUCUCUCGAAGAUAACGCCUGCGUCUUCGAGCCCCACCACCAUCUCAUCAUUACCCACUUCGGCAUCAUUAAAGGAGAGUACGCUUCUCAAGCGCGACGAACAGUCGCAAACGUCUUCUAAUCAGAAUGCGUUGCAGCUGGGAAAAUUUGUACCGCUUGCCACCAGUAUUCAGAGACCGGUAGCCGUGCCUACGUCCUACGUACUUCCGGUGAUGCCUUAUAGAUUUCUUCACAGCUCGCUGCAUCACACUCAGGACUCUCUGGGCCAAUAUGAUUACAGUUACACCGGAGACUCGAGCGCCAAAACCGAAUCCAGAUCGCUCGACGGUACCACCAGAGGAGCCUACAGUUACAUUGAUCCCAAUGGAAUUCUUCAGCAGGUGCAUUACAUCGCCGAUCAUAAUGGAUUCAGGGUUUUGGCAACUAAUCUACCCGAAGCGAAAUGAUGAGUUGUAGGAAUGUCCCGCGGGGCGUAAAAGCGUUCGUUUCCAAAAAAAAAAAAAACGCGAUGUGAAUGUCAUGUAUAUAAACGAGAUGUCAAAACACAUUAAUACCGUAUACAAUUUCCAUUUCUGUAUUUCGGAUUUUUCAAAUACUGGACCUCAAUCUCGCGAAAAAAUUUAUUUUUAAACUUGGAAUUGUAAGAAAAAGAGUAAAAUAUUUCUGUAAAUUUUGGAUAUGUCAAAAAACUCAUUUCAAUCGAGAGAUAAAGCAUGAAGAAAUUAAAUUAUGAUGUAGCUCGUAUAAUUAUUUAAUUGAUUUUAUUUUUAUAUUCACGCAAUUAUUAUAGCCGAAGGGAGUAAAAGAAAAACGUACCUUUAGAAAAUUCAUAUACAAAUACGUUGUCUCGUGUAAUAAGUAUCGGUGUUGGGAAAGAUUUUCGAGAAAAAGUAAUACGCGAAUGCUUCUCGAGUUUGUUCGACAAUUGUUCUCGUAGAAACGUGAAGGAACGGACUUGAUUCGUAUUCGAAUAUCCUCUUAAGAGCAACUUUAUUUUUUUUGUAACGUUAAGCUUACUUUGCAAUCGAUAUUAUUACCAAGUAAAUUAUUUUACGAUAUUAUAGAUAUUCUACUUUCCUUAAUAUGAUUAGUCUUGAAAAACGUAAAUAUAUAAUGUCAUAUUUUUAAGAUUGUUAGUAUAUUGCACUCUUAUUGAUCAUAUUUCGUAAAUACAAAUGAAAGAUGCAUCUU